AAAAAUUAAAUAGGAUGUUCUGAUACCACUCUAGAAAAUUAGAUGUUUGAUACUACAAAAGACAAUUUUUUCUCAAGACACAAAUUUUGGUGGUUUACUCCAAAAAGGCAAAAAGUAGUUAACAUUCCAAACCGCGAGCGAAAUCCUAUACUGUUCUGUUCUAAGUAGACAGACACUAGAAAGUAAUCGAAAAGCGUAACGCUUCUUUUUCAACCUCACAUUGAUUCAUUCAUUCAUUCCCAAUAAAAAAAACGAAGAAUGGCACAAGUUGCAGUUGCAACCUUCAAAUUCAACAACUCAUUUUACAAACCCAUUCACCAUUUUCGCACCCCCUCUUUCUCCUCUGUACCUCCCACCUUCAGCAUCAAAAACUUUCCCAAUAUCACAUACCCAUGUCUUUCUCAUCAUUCCCUCUUCAACCUUCCUUCACCUUCUCUCACUCUAUGCAACAACAACAACAACAAGUCUGAUAUGAUAUCGCAGUUGGAAGUGGCGAAACCGGAGCUGAACAAGAGGGAACCGGUGAAACGAGUUAAUGGGAUAUUCUGGAUCAUACUUCUUAACAUUGGUAUAUUCGUUGCCGACCAUUUCUUUCAGGUUGGUGGCAUCAAGGCAUUGUACUUAUUUCACAGCAGGCCUGAUUGGUUCCAGUUUCUCACAGCAACAUUUUGUCAUGCUAAUUGGAAACAUCUUUCUAGCAACCUUUUCUUCUUAUACAUAUUUGGAAAGCUUGUUGAAGAAGAGGGAGGAAGCUUUGCUUUGUGGCUUUCUUACAUUCUUACUGGUGUUGGAGCAAACCUUGUUUCCUGGCUGAUUUUACCGAGAAACACUGUCUCAGUUGGAGCUUCUGGUGCUGUUUUUGGGUUAUUUACUAUCAGCGUCCUUGUAAAGAUGUCAUGGGAUUGGAGGAAGAUCCUUGAAGUGCUUAUAUUGGGUCAGUUUGUUGUAGAGAAGGUCAUGGAAGCAGCUCAAGCUUCAACAUCUUUACCAGGAACCUUUCGUGGAGGCUACGCAUUGCAAAAUGUCAACCAUAUUGCACACCUUUCUGGUGCUCUUGUUGGUGUGCUCUUGGUUUGGCUUCUUAGCAAAGUUCCUUCUGAUUCUUCAGACCGAUAAUCCACUCUGAAAUGGAUAAAUGAUCGCAACUAUUUACGGAAGAGAAUGAUGCUGCUUAUAUAAAUUUUAUACCAUGUAAUUGUAUAUUUAACAACGAGAUGUAAUCAUCUGAGAUGAGGUUCAUUUGUGCAACUACAUGUAAAUGUAGAUGUAAUAUUUUGUAGAAAUAGCAUUUACUCAUCCCAACCAACAUACAGGUAGAUAAUGUGGUCCAUUUGACAAAAGUUUCAUAUCCGAGUGUUGUUUAUGGAAAAACAUUAGUCGGAUGAUUUCAACCUCUUAAAUGAAUUUUGCAUCUCAAGAUUAGUCAUCUCGCUUUUAGCAGGAAAUCUUCUGG